GUUGGAAAAAUGGCGAAAAAAUAGUGAAAAAAUUAUGGCAUUAAAUUGGUACAGUCUGGGGAGAAAAAAAAAAAAAAAAGGAAACGUAAUCAUAAGGGAAAAGGCAUUUGUUUCGAAAGUACAUCUUUUUUAAAAUUUCCAGUUUUUUUGAAAAUGUUUUUUUUUUACUGAUCAGCUGAGAGGCGUCCCCGCGAGCAUAUAAAACUGGCGCGAUUUUCUCACAUUUACAUAGCCCCACUCGCGCAGCACUCGUUUAUGCAAACGGGCAAGUUUUCAAGCAUACCGCCAACCCACAUUGGUAUACCCGCCAGUGGCUUAAUUUCCCCGUGGCCCCGCGCUGGAAGUUUACCAGUCGGUUGUUCUCACGUAGGGACAAGAAUGCCAGCAACCUGCGAGGCCAUCCCUGUCAGCAUUAAAAGGGGGCUAAACCAGACGAAGGUACAUUAACACGCUACGUGAAUAAGGCGACCAUUCCCUGCAAGUUCAGCCCAACGUUUUAGUGAACACGAAAUGUACAACGGAAUCGGACUGAAGACCCCAAGGGGGUCAGGGACCAAUGGGUACAUCCAAACGAACAUGGCGCACAUCCGAAACGCCAGAAACACAGUGAGGGAUUACGAGAAAUUUAGGAACGAAAUGCAGAUGAAUAAUAUAGUAGACAAAAAACACACCUGCGAUUAUUCAAUUAUUGAACACUCAGAAAAAAGAAAAAUAGAAUUAAAGGUUUUACUAUAUGAAGAAAAACUACGAAAGGAGGGCAGGCAAGGCAUCCAAGAGUUAGUCGACCAGUAUAGGAACCAGUUAUACGAAGAAUAUGAUGAUGAUAAAAAAAGGAAAGAGAGAACCGGCGGUAUGCGUUCUAAUAGGGAUACUACAGGUGAGGAGAAUACCCACAUGCUUAAUGAUAGGAAAAGAAGACAACUGGAGGAUUUUCAGAGGGCCCUACGAAUUCGAAGAGAAAGGAGCCGCGAUCGGGGGAUGCCACUAGGGAGGGACGACGCCAAGGGGGGUGCACCCAAUGGGGCGAAAAGUGGCGAAAAGGGUCGAGAAGAAAAUGAGUUAAGCAAGGAUUUGGGAAGGGAACCCAAAAGAGGCACCAAAAAGGUGAAGGUGAAGGAAAAGAAAAAGAGAAAAGAAAAGAGAGACAGCAAAAAACACAAACAUAGGAGGAAAAAGAGGGAACAUCCUGACGACAGCGAUGAUUCAUACCAGGGAGGAAGUGGCGAAGAGAGCGAUGAAGAGGACGACGAGGGUGGGAGCCCCUCCAGAAGCGUUGCAACUAGUAGCGACGCAUCCAGCAGUGACCAAACCAGUAGUGACGAUUAUUCCAAUGCGGACUCCAGUUCACCUUCAGAAGAAUCGGACCGUUCGGGAAGCCUCGAAUCGUCUGAAUCCUCGGAACCUUCCAGUGACGACAGCUCCAUACAUAACGCAAAGGGUCGGAAGCCUGCCAAGAAGGAUCGGCGAGAUGGAAAGAAAAAAAAGAAGAGCAGUUCUGAGGAGUCUUCUCGUCCGAGAAGAAAAACGCAUAGAACCAACAAAAGAAGAAAAUCGAAAGAUACAAGGAAAAUUGCGGAUGCGUCUAACUCGUCAAGCGAUGCAUUCGAUUCGAUCAAUUCUAGCAGUUCACGUGAUUCAAGCGAUGCCUCGCCACGCCGCCGACCCGACGGCAUGAAAAAGAAACCCGCUGGAAAGGCGAAAGAACGAGAGAAAACCAAAGGUGCUGCUGCAAUCCGUAGGGAUGAAGAUCGCAAACGGGUGAGCAGCAGGAAGGGUCGAGAUAAGAGGGGCGGGCGCAGCGGGGGAACAGAUGAGUCAAGUGAUGAAAGCAGUGGAAGUGAGAGAAGUGACAAACGGGACGAGCGCGACAAACGAGAAAGGAAUGAUAAGCGUAACAAUCAUGAAAACCGUGACGAACGAGAUAAACGUGACGAACGAGACAAACGGGAAAAAGGUGACCGACGUGAAAAACUUGACAAACGUGACAAACGUGACCGACGUGACGACAGUGAAAAGCCCGAAGGGCCAAACAAACGCUCCCCGAAGAAAGUCGCGCACGAUCCCACUCCCGCCCCCGCGCGGGCCCGGGCAAGGGAUUCCUCCUCCCCCAGCAGAAGCCCAAUGCGCAGGCGCGAUGAUGCCCAUCCAAGCGAUCGCAAAUCUGGAAAAGCGAAUAAAGAGAGGGACACAAAGCAGAGUGACAAACACAGAAAAAGAAGUGCCAGUAGCAAAAGUAGUAGUCUGGGUGCACCGAGAAAGAAGAAAAGAAUCGAAAGCGAAACUGACUUCCGUGUGGACAAUCAUGAAAGGAAGAAUAAUCACAAAAAUGGAAGUCCCAAUUUAGAUAAUGCCAAUUGUGAAAACACACAAUUUGAGAGUGAAAAAAUGAACAAGCAACCCACCAAUGAGGAAACGCUACAAAUUAUAAACAACAUUAAAAAGUACUACAGCAAGAGAGGAAGUAACAGCAGCGAAAAAUCCGAGGGAAAGAAUUCCCCACAGAGACACUUGAGUGAUGGUGGUGCCAGUCCAUCUGAACACAGGAUAGAGGGUCGAAGGAAAAACAACAAGCGGAGUGACUCCCUUGGCAGGGUCAGCAGCGAGCGCGGCGGUGGCAGUGGAAGUAGCAGUAGCAAUAGUCGUAGCAGCAGUAGACGUAGAGCCCCCAAACACAGCCGUGCCAAUCGUAAAGGUAACCACAAAGAAAGAGAUUCGCGAAGCCCAAGUGCGAAAUAUGACCACCGGAAAAACACGCAUAGCAAAGGAGAAGGAACAACAAAUGAAAAAAAUGAUGGCAAACGUAAAAAACACACGGAGGAUGAUAAAAAAGGAAAACAUAGACACUUGGAAAAGUCAGAAAAUCUUAAAAGUAAACCGAAAGAAGGAAAGGAACAACAUAGGCAGGUGAGUGAAGACGAGCAUGAAAAAUCACGGAGUAAAAAGGAAAGGGAAAGAGACGAUAAAAAGGUAGCCAGGAAAGAAUCUCCAGCGAAGGAAGAAAUGCACCAACAGGAAAAAAAACAAAGCAGUAAUGCCGAAAAUGAGAAGGACACCAAGGGGGGUGAUAACAGUAACGCAAAAGAGCGCAAAAAGAAAUUUCUAUUUUUUUAA